AGGACCACGAGGGAAGAGGAAGCGCCGCCGCCGCCGCCGCUUCUCGCCGUCGCGCGAGUCGAGGCGACGCGACGCGACGACGAGCGACCGUCCGUCCGUCGAAAGCUUUAGUCCGCGUCCGCACGUCGACCGAAACACGCGAUCCCCGACACGUUACUCCCACCCGGUGCAGUGGUGCGCGGCUCCCUUUUCUUCCGGCUCCUGUCACUCAAUCUCGUCCGCACGAAGGGACAACCUAGUCCUACCGCGUCGAAUAAUAGAGUCUCUCUUCGCUCUUAUCCCGCCAUCGUCCUCUUUUCACCCUCGUCUCGUUCCACUCGCGCCAGUUAUCCGAUAACCUCUUUGUUCAUCCUCCCUCGUGAGAUGCUUCGCGAUCCUUUCUGAGAUAGCUGGAGGAGAGGACGUCCCGAGCGCGCGGGAGGAGGAUUAAGAACGCCGGAAAUUCGGGAUGUAAUAUCCGGCGACCCUAGUUACACGUACGGUGUGUGCGCGCUGGUCGGCUCUCCUGCCUUCCAAGUCGGAGCAGCUUCGGUAUAAGUCAAAGUGAAGAAGGAGAUCUCACUCUCAGGAUUUUCGAUCGAUCGGGAAUCUACUCAACGGAGAUUUUCAGAGUGGCCAAAAGCACAAGAACUGUUGCCAAAUUCGCGCCACGUGACAAGCAUCACCACCACCAUCACUUCGCGAAAUUGUCUCGCUUGUAAAACGCUUUAAACAUGCAUUAACAAAACUGCAGGACAAUCUCGCCGGAAGUUACCCGAUUUUUAACAAGCUCUCCGAGCAAGGAUCUCGCGAGUCUAGAGACGAAGUUUCGGCGGCGACAAGUUGGCGACAAAGAGACAUCAUGAAGAGACUUGCCUUCACUCGCGGGAGGAAGUGAUCUUCGAGAAAACGAGAAAGCGAAGAGAUAUUCUCGACGUGUUGGGCCAGACGAGUCGGGCCGGCAUCAGGCCCGAUCGGUGUGAUGGUCUCAGGGUGGUGCCCGUGCGUGCCAUUAGGGCGUCGGCAAUCGUCGACCCAGCAGCAGCAGCAACAGCAGCAGCAACAACAGCAGCAACCGCCGUCGUCAUCCAGGGCGCCGUUCACCGUCAGCGGCGCGACCGACCGCGCGGAUAUGGUGCAGAUGUUCUACUACGAGAACCACGGCAAGUGUUGCAAGAAACUGCUGAGAUACAACGGAUACCCGAAUAAGGUCCUUCUGUUCCCUGAAGAAGGUUGGGCGAGAAGCGCGAGUAGUUCCUACUGGACCCUGACGCCAUUCUGGUGGAGUCGGAGUCGAUGCAAGGUCGUUGAAGUCGCUGGGACAAGAAGGUAUAGUACUCAAGCAAAGAUGGUAGACACGGGCACAGGCACGCUUUACAUUAUCGGCUCGUUCAAGAGGAUGACGACUGAUCCCGAUUUUAAGCUGUACCUGACGUCGAACGUCUCGUCGAGCGACUUCAACAUGGGUUACAGUAUGACAGGCACGCUGGAGCGCGGCUGCAAGAAGACUAACUCUUUCCAGAUGACCCACUUUGCGGUGAUACGGCGACGGGACUACGAGAAAGCGUACGAGGACCCGAAUCCCACCUAGUGUCCGUCCACACCCACGCUCUCCGAGUGUGGGGAUUGCGAGCAUUACACAUAGUUGGGAAGCAAGGGGCCGUCGGGAAGAGAAAGGGACAGAUGCACUUCCGCAGGGAAGCGCUACAUCCACCGCUCCAUGGAUGCUGACAAGAAGUCGCUCUUCGGCGCGAGAUCGAUCGCGAAUUCUCGGAAAUCCCGAAACUCCUAGCAGGUCGGUAAACGGCCUCCACGAUAUGACGAAUCGCGAUCAAAGAUCGCGAGUCAUUUGUGAUCGAGAACUUUCAGCAGAAAUAUUUGUGUAAAUAUUAGAUCGCUAAAUUGCCUGUGUUAAAUUUUUCCUUUAUUAUAUGCUUCUAAAGGAAACGUAAUAGAAAAUAAGACGCAAGCAAAAACUGCAGAUAGAAAGGUAAAAAAAUAAGAAGAAGAAGAGAAUAAAAAGAGCAAGAAGAGAAAAGCAAACACUGCAAUUGGAACGUCAUCUGUAUUUCUCUUGUAAGACAUCAUAAGGAUAGAAGAUAAUCAAAAUCAAGUGUGAAGGGGAAAGCUUUAAUUCGCGCAAAAUCAACAUUAGCUCGUGGUAAUACGAGAUUACAGAGAUGAAAAGCGGAAGAGAAAUAUCAAGAUAAAGUAAAUUAUGAGAAAAGAAGGAUAUCAAGAGCUUUAAUUCUCACAAAAUAAAUAUAUUUCUCUUACACAAGAUUUUGUCUACAAUAUAUACGUUGCUAUCUUUAAAGAAUUAGUUUACUGGGAGUUUUAUUAAAGGGAAUUCUAUUAACCCUUUAAGUGUUUCAUUUUGAGAACGUGCACUUGUGUGCUUAAUUAUUUUUAAGCUGCAAAGAGUAUACUCGACAAAAACAG